CCCCGUGGAACUCGACCUACCAGUACCAGGACCACCCCGCCGGUCCGCUCCUCUACGUCUGCGGCCACAUGUGCGCCGUCGGCACCGCGCUGUACUGCAAGCCGGAGGAUAAGGACAAGAAGCCUGUUUUGUCGGACCUCGCUCGUAAGGACUGUGUAGAGAUAGUCUUUCCGUGCGGAGAGUGUUACGACUCUCAAGCUUGGGUGUGGUGUGACGAACCGUUACAAGCACAGGAGUAUAUCGCUGGGAAUAAGAACAACGGUAGUAGUAGCCAAAAGGUACUGAUCAAUUGUGAAAGCUAU